CGAGGAACCCGGGGGAGCAGGUGGACUGGAGGGGGUGAGCGAUGCUGCAGCUGACGCGUGAGUUCGACCUGCACCGGGAUGUGGAGCUUGAUCUCCGCAGGAAGGAGGCGUCUGUCUGCCGGGUGACAGAAUACUCCGGCGCAGUGGAUCCUUGCAUCCUGAACAUUGAGAGUGAUGGAGGCAUCCUUUACUCUUGGAAGGGAUCAACAGGGACCACCAGGAUUGGGAAGUACGACUCCGACACUAAACAGAACAAGCUCCUCUACUCAUUUGACAAGCAGGUGUGUGUCAGCAGCUGUUCUGUGAACAAGGAGGAGACGCUGCUGGCUGUCAGCUUGGCACAGAAUACCAGAGGAGAAGAGCGCCUCAGACCAAUAUCCAAGUGUCUAACACUCCUGAUUGAGAUCCAUCCCAUCAACAACACUAAGGUCCUCAAGGCAGUGGACUGCAGGGUCAAAGUUCAGUUCCUCCACCAGGACGCUAGCAGGAGAUCAGUGCCGGAGAGUCACCUGCUGCUGCUGACGGAGGAUGGAUAUGUGGAUUUGUACCACGUUCUGCUGACCAAACAGGAGGGUUAUAGAGUGGUGAUGGCGAAUCCAGAUCGUCUGGUCAAAACGGCGGAGAGGAUAGUGGAGGAUUUACUUUGGGUCCAGUGGGAUGGACACACACAAAGACUCUACUAUCUCACACACAAGGACAAGUUCCUGCUGCGAUGUGUUCAAUUCUACCCCAACCAUAACUGUGAAACUGUGAUGGAGCUCCCGUUAGAGUUGCCUGCUAAUCCUUUCCCCACAGUCAAGUUUGUAAGCCUGGGCUUCGACCAUUAUCACACAGAGAGACCAGAACAGGAGCUCGUUAGCAUGGAGGUGUUCACAAACAGAAUAGGAAGCAUGUGUGUGUGCUGCAGCCAGCCUCAAAAAGACAAACAGGAGCUGAUGUACACUGUGGUUUUAGUUCACAAAGACUGCAGCAAGACGUUCAGAGUAUCUCUGAGCGGCGAGCAGGAAGCCACAAGGCUCCAUCCACUCUUCAUCCCAAUGGGUUACUACAUGCUGGUGUAUCUGCAGGAUCAUUUCCUCCACUGUAUCAACACCCGGCAGGAGGAGAUGCUCUGUCACUCGCUCUUCCUCUCUGGUCAUGAUGCGGACCUGGGCCUGCAGUGUCAGUCAGCUGACGUCACAGUGUUCCACACAGAGGAGGAGCCUUGUGGGAGUCUGCUGGAUGUGGCCAGUGGGAGGAUCUACAGCGCUGAGCUCAGCCCCGCCUACCUGCUGCAGAUCCUGCGAUCACACGCAUCUUCCAGGUGUCCCAGCAGUCAGGCUCCCCCCCAGCACCUGGCCGCCCUCCACUGCCUGCUGGUUUACAUGGGAAACGACCCAAACCUGGAGCUGAAGAUUAUCGAAUGGCUGUGCGACAACAUUAACGCCUUUGAAUGCUUUGAUCAGAUCCAGGAGUUCAUUCUAGCCUCCCUGUACAGAAUAAGCUAUGAGAAGUCUCUUAGCCUGGAUAAAGUCCUGCCAUACUCCUCUGUAUUCGACAACAAGGAGGUGCCAGUGUGUCUGCUGGAGAUCCCUGGUGUUGUGUGUGCCACUGAGCUGCAUAUUGAGUCUGUAAUAAAAGGGAAGGGUUUCUGGACCGAGCUGCAGUGGAACACGGAGAGGACAAAAUAUCUUGAUGCUGUUCCCAACACCAGAUACAGAGCCUCACACAUACAGGCCGACUGGGAUAAACUGAGGUUCGAGAGGAGACCAUCCAGCCACAUGAAUCACAUCGAGGAGAACACAAAGAAGGUUCUGUCCAUGGUGGAUACCUGGUGUCUCGAUAAGAAGCUGGUGCCCCUUUUCCAGGAGGAGGACCAUCAACAGAGGGUGCUCAUAGGCCUGACAGUUGACAAGCUUCGAGAACAUCUCAACAGACACCUGCCUCGCCUGGGGAAGAAGAAGAUAGACUCACUGGUUGUCUGCUACGUAGCCAAACUGCUGGAGCUCGUCAGACACAUGCUGGAGUCAGUCUGGCUGAAGUUCAAGCUCGGCCCUCGUGCUUUGUGCUUGAGGCAGCAGGGCAGUCCAGCCGAGUGGUCCGUGUUUCACUUCAUGUUUCGGAUCCUGGAAGCCACUAGGGGGCUCUGCCUGCCACUCCCACCUGGCUUCCACACCCUUGUCGCCGUGUUGGCUGUGCGUUGCCUCCCUCAUCACACGUUCCUGCAGUACAUCGAUCACGGUUUCCUGCAGCUCACCGAAACCUUUUUAUCUCGGCUCAUGACAGACCUUGACAACAGUGACGUCAACGAGAGACUCAAGUUCAGCAUUCUUAAGAGACUACCUGAGCCUAUGGAGCAGAGGAUCCACCAUAUGUGGGAUCAUCCCGUCAGUUCAGCCUCGAUCUCCAGAGAGUAUGUCAGGACUCUGCUGGAGAAACGCAACAAAAACAAGGAAUUUGCAUUCACCAGCAGAGAUAAGCCCGGUCUCACACCCGAGUUUCUGCCUCUUACCUACCUGGCAAAAAUACUCUCGGAUAUAGAGGAACAAGCCUCUAUAAUAAGCUCCAAUCUCCUCCUCGUCCCGUGUUCCAGCUCUGAACCCGUUCGAGGAGCAGGAGAACGUGGACGCCAGCUUCGUGGAGGAGACGGCGCUGAAGCAGACUCUGAUACUGAUGGGCUUUGAGGAAAAGUGAAGAAGGCGGA